AGAUAUUUGGAAGCGAAGAGCAAACAUCUUCAAGCUUACAACAUGAAUUUUCGAGACGUUUCAGAACGUUUGGGUAAUUUGCAGACUUUUUUCUGGGAGACCUUUGGCGAUGCCGAGAGGAAAUGUAACACUUUUGGAGGACAUUUAGCUUCAAUCCACAGCGAAAAAGAAAAUUCUAUCGUAAUCGAGAUGGCAAAGUCGGGUAUAAGACUCACUCACAAUACUUGUUGCCAAAUGACUUGGAUAGGGUUAGUACGAUCUGAUUAUAUGAACUUUUCGGCGUCGAAGACGGUUAAGUGGACCUGGACUGACGGCACGGAGGUUGACUUCCUAUCAUGGUAUCCGGGUGGACCAGAUAAUUGGAAUAAUGACCAAGGCUGCGCAGCGCUGUACGCGGAUCCUUUUGCCGAAGACGACAAUGUGAAAUUCUAUCAGAAAUGGAACGAUGUUGAAUGUUCUCUCAAUUUGAGAAACUAUGUAUGCAAGAAAAUGACUUUGCACUGA